UGUGAUAAACUUAUUAAAUAGGUUGUUGAAAUUAGUUUUGAAAUGGGUGGGGUGAACAGCCGGAAUGGCAUGAAUUCUUCUAACAGUAGUCGCAUUUCACUCGAGAACGACUUCAGUUCCCAUGACGGUCCAGUGUCUGUCUACUUCACAGACAGUGCUAUCAAUUUACUCACCAACAAUACUCCGCCAGACACAAGGCAGAGUCAGAGCAACAUAGACCAGUCUAUGUUUGACAGAAUAACAGCCAUAGCAUACCAGAGGGGCAAGAAUGACGCAAACAAGGAGAAUGAGGGUAUCAUUAGGAGCCAGAAGCACUCGAUCAGUCAGCAGUGGGAGACCAUCCAGAGCAACCGGAAGAAGUGGUCGCAGGAACUCAUAGACAAAUACAAGGAGGACCUGAGUGCCGACUUGGACAGAACUUCCAAGAAGUUCUCUUCUAUCGACACAGAAUUGGUGUGCGAGAAGGAACAAAACGAGAUCCUCAAGUGUUACACUGAGAACAAGAAUGCGACCUUGAAUUGUGAGAACCAAGUGAACUUGUUUGACCUCUGUAUUCAGGCGAAGAGGAGGCAAAUGAAGAGUCCAGUAACUGCUCCUUCGGAAGAUGAUGCAAACGUUGAGACCGAGAGAUGAUCUAUUGAGAAGUGUACCUAUCAAGGCAGAACAGAACUGAGAACUGAUAAAUUAUGAUUGAAAUCGUGACGUUGUUUUUCCGAAUAAGUACAAAAUUGGAAA